AUGUGCAAGCUACGAUACAAAUGGUACAGAGGUCACUGCGGCGUCAGCGGCUGCGGGCACACAGAAGCAGUUUGGAUCGAGCGCUGCAGGGCUGCCAACGCUCGUGAGAGGCGUGAGCCCUGCCCUCGUCCACGCCCAGUCCUCCGUCUCACGGAUUCGUAUGUGAUGGGGUUUUGUCGCCCUUGCCUUGGUUGGGCUGAGUUAAUUGCGGGCGCGCCUGAAUUGCUCAAUCCUGAACGAGUCGACAGACCUCGUCGAAAACAGUGA